UGGGAAGAAAGCGAGAAAGAAGGGAUGGGAUGAUACGUCACAGUGGAGGAGGAGGGUCACGGAGAAAAAUGAGCUCUCCUCAGCUCCAAGAGUGCAGAGGAACGGGCUGCCAGGGCCUGGGUGCUUCUCAGCUGGACAAGGGUCUGCUUUUUGUGGGCUGUGAUGGAGGAGACCACUGGGGUCCUGAAGGAGGGCUUCCUCGUCAAGCGGGGACAUAUCGUUCAUAACUGGAAAGUAAGAUGGUUCGUUCUACUCCAGGAUAAGCUGCUGUAUUAUAAACUUGAAGGAGGCAAGAAGGAAUCUUCUCCAAAGGGCAGGAUCCUUCUGGAUGGCUGCACUAUUACUUGUCCUUGUCUGGAAUAUGAGAACAGACCGCUGCUUAUCAAACUAAAGACAAAAACCAACACAGACUAUUUCCUUGAAUGUUGCUCUAGAGAAGAGCGAGACUCCUGGGCUUUGGACAUCACUGGAGCUAUUCAUGCUGGUCACCCAGUGCAGGUGCAAGAGCUUCACAGAAUGAAGAAUUCUUUCAAGCUACUAGAGAACAUCAGCCUCCACCACAUCGUGGAUAAGAUGCGUGACAGCAGUGCUGGAAUUAAGCUGACCCUCAACGUGGAGCAAGGCAACAGAUACAAGGAGACCUUCACAGGUUCUGCUCUGGUGGACUGGCUCAUCUCCAACAACUUUGCCGUAUCACGGUUUGAGGCCGUCACCUUGGCCUCCAUGCUGAUGGAGGAGAACUUCACCAAGCCCGUGGGUGCACGCAGCACCGGGGCCACGCGCUACAGUGACCUCUCUGAGCAGUUCCUCGAUGACUCCACCGCACUGUACAUGUUUGCUGAGACGAGUAAGAAAAUGAUCAGUUCCAAGGAAGAGCUGCAAUUUAACAUCUCUGAAUUAAGUGGCACAAUUGUGAAGCAAGGAUUCUUAGUGAAACAGGGACACAAGAGGAAAAACUGGAAGGUGAGGAAGUUUGUUCUGAGAGCUGAUCCUGCAUUCUUACACUACUAUGACCCCACCAAGGAAGAGAACAGACCAGUAGGUGGAUUUUCUCUUCGAGGCUGUCUUGUCUCAGCUCUGGAGGACAAUGGAGUCCCAGCAGGUGUGAAGGGCAAUGUGCAAGGCAACCUCUUCAAAAUCAUCACCAAAAAAGACAUUCAUUAUUACAUGCAGGCCAGCUCCAAGGCAGAGCGAACACAAUGGAUUGAAGCGAUCAAACCACUGACAUGAUUAAGAUGGACUCCAUGCCAAACAGUGCCACGUUUGUGACCAGCCACUUUGGUAAGCUUGACAUCGCCCGUGAUCUGCAAAGCUUUCACCAGGUUCAGAGGCUGAAUGCGGUGAGUGAAGUCACAGAUCUGCCGCCCGUCAAGCAAGACCUUUAUUUGCUGAUGUUCACAUAAGAGCUCCAUCUGCAAUGGAAAAGGACAGGUGAGGGUGUUAGAGGACAGCAGCUGAACUGAUUUCAACAGUGUGAACUUAGAACCCCUGCGUAAUAGGGACGGUGAAGCACAAGGUCUACCAGUUCCUCUGAGAUGCCUCUAAUAAAUAACCUACUCUAUGCUGAAGUAAAACUGUAAAACUCUUUAUAAAAAGCUCUAUCAUUAAAACUAGAGAAAUAAAUGAAUCUCUCCUUCAA